ACGUACGGGAAAGACUGUCUGCGUUGUCGUGAGGACGGAUACGAUCGAUGUUCACAAUUCACACGUUUGAAAAAGUUCUGAGAUUGUUUGAUUCAGAGUUCCAACACAGGAAUCGGGUCGGAAUAAUAUCCGCGGUACAGUUACGCCCAUUGUUGGAACGAAUCCGUUGGCUUAGACGGGAAGGAAUGGGAGCAGUCAAUGGAAGGAAGAGGCAAGGGGGAGGGGGAGACGUUAGGCCUUCUUCCCUCCUCCCGCAAUCCUUCCUUCUCCCUCCCAUCUUAAUUUAAACUUAUUCCUUGCCUCUUUCUUCUUCGCCGAUCUUCCCUCCUAAACUCUCGAUUCCUCCCUCUUCUCCCUGUCUCUGAUGGCGUGCUCUCUCGUUUUCUGUUCUCCCAAACUCAUUCUUAUAUCCUCUCACUUCUUGUUGUCAACCUGUUUCGUUCGGUGCCGGAUCUGUUGAAUUUUAGUCUGAAUCUGAUGGCUCAUUCCUUUUUAGCAUUUUGGGCCAUCAAUCCAGCGUUCCUGCUGAUCAAUCUGCUGCUCUUCUGGAUGUUCUUGCCCUUCGGGUGGGGAGAAGAGGGCCUUCCUUCUGUUGCACAGGCGGGCGGAGUCCCGGGGGUUCGUGGGGAGCCGUUGAUUGAGCUCCCUGAGGCGGAAGGUGGCGUACUGCGUACCGGUGUGCGGUCCCUGUUGAACCAUCCGCCGGGAAGUCGAGAUGAGACAGAGCUUGUUGCGCACGUCGAUGGUGAAGUACAUUUAGUUGAUGUAGAUUCUGGGCGAUCUUACUGGUCAUUCAAAUCAGGACCUCCACUCACAUCAUCGUACCAUAGGACCAAUGAUGGGAAUGAUUACACUUACUCCUACGGGCUUGGGGGGAAGUGUGGAACAGAUGAGCUGCGUUCAAAAGAUGACUUCUACAUCUAUUGUGGUGAAGAUUGGGAUCUCUAUCUGUACUUCAAGAAUUGUGGCAGCAGUAAACUCUCAGUGUCACCCGAAGAAUUUGUGUCCAUUAUGCCGCACAUAUCAGAUACUGGGGAGGUAACCAUUGGGUCCAAAAAGACAACUGCUUCUCUUGUUAAUGCGAGAAAUGGGAAAGUCAUAUAUAGGUAUGGGUUGGACGACGAUGAUGGAAGUUGUGAGGUGAUAGGAAAAGAACAUGAAGAAAAACUAGAUGGGCCCAGCAAGCUUAUUGGCACUUCAAUACGACCAAGCACUGUUCAACCUGUUAAGGCAAUUUAUUUCACGAGGACAGAUUAUUCCUUGACAUCAUAUGCACCCAAUAAGACCAUUCUGUGGAAUAUGACUGUUUCUGAAAUUGAAGCUGCUUUUCUUUGCUCAGAUAUGAAGGUUGCAUACACUGGAAGUUCAGGGAAUUCUGGGGAUACGCUUAACUUUGAAGAUGAGGAUGGUCUCAAGAAUCCAAUAAAAUGUCAAACAAGGAUUUCAGUCAACCGUACACGUUCCCCUAAGGUUGUAAAGGAUGGUGUGAUUUACAUCGGUCUUGACAUAGUGCCACAAACCAAACUCUCUGUUCAACAAUAUUCUCUGGAUGAUUACAUCAAGAAACUAAACACCCCUAGGGUAUUGAAGGAAAAUAGCAUCAUUUCUUAUUUACUUGCAGCGACAUGCUCCUUCAAUCUGCCAACUGGGCAAGGAAAUUUUUUAGCAUUCUUGCCACCCUAUGGUGAUAAGGUAGAAUUUGAGAACCCAGGUGAGCCUCAUGGAGAUGAUGAUUCUUCAAGAGCUAUAACAAUAUAUGAAACAAAUGGUGCUGUUUCACAGAGUGAUAAAAAUUUUAUUCUGCAUAUAUCUGUACAUUUUUUUCUUUCUAUUGCAAUAUUCUUGAUAAUACUGGGAGUAGCAUUUGUAAGCGUGAGGUACAAUAGCAAGGAGCCAAAUGUCGCAAAAAAGGGUUCCAUAGGUUGCAAAAAGAGGAGGAUGCGAAAAGUUGGUUAUGUAAGAGAUGCUCCAGUAGCUAGCCUACGUGGCCUACUUCCUCAAAUAGAAAAUGAACAAAUAGAAAAUGAAGAGGCUGAGGAACAGAUGCACAAUAAGGACUUGAUGCUUCAUGUUAUUAAGGGGAAUAUAGGUAAUGGACGUAUGAUUGGUAAUCUUUUUAUUCUUAAUAUAGAAAUUGCCAAAGGAAGCAAUGGUACGGUGGUCCUUGAGGGAACUUACAAUGGCCGUCCUGCUGCAGUCAAGCGCCUUGUGCGUGCCCACAGUGGCAUAGCUAACAAAGAAGUUGAAGCUCUUCUACAAUCUGAUAGUCAUCCAAAUAUUGUCAGAUGGUAUGGCGUGGAAUAUGAUACAGACUUUGUUUACCUUGCACUGGAGCGGUGCACUUGUAGCCUCAAUGAUUUAAUUGAACUGCAUACAGCUUUCUCACAAGAUGGUUCUUUCUUACAUAGCUCUAUUUCUGACACUAAGAGUAAUGAUGAUUCAGCGCUGAGUUCUAUGAAAGAUGUAGCAGAUAUUGUGUUGUGGAAAGACAAUGGAUAUCCUUCAACUGAAUUGUUGGGAUUGAUGAGGGGUAUGAUUGAUGGGCUUGCCCAUCUACAUGACCUGAAAAUUAUACACCGUGACUUGAAGCCCCACAAUGUACUGAUAAGUUCUGGAAAGUCUGUAUGUGCUAAACUGUCUGACAUGGGAAUAAGCAAACAGCUUUCUGAUGGGAAAUUUUCUCUAACAAAUAAUGCUACUGGAAGUGGCAGCUCUGGUUGGCAAGCACCAGAACUCCUCCUUGGGAGAUCUCAGACAUUUGCAGUGGAUUUGUUCAGUUUAGGCUGUGUUCUUUUCUUUUGUAUCACUAAAGGCAAACACCCAUUUGGGAAGUACUUUGAACGAGACACAAAUAUUGCAAACAAUCGUCUUGAUCUUUCUAUGGUCGAAUCUAUUCCUGAAGCUGUUCAUCUUUUCUCUCAGAUGUUGCAAUCAGAGCCACUGCUUAGACCUAAGGCACAUGAAGUCUUGCAGCAUCCACUCUUCUGGAGCUCUGAGAUACGUAUGUCAUUUCUUCGAGACAGUAGUGACAGGAUAGAAUUAGAGGACAGGGAGAAGCAAUGUGAUCUUUUGGAAGCAGUUGAACAGAUUGGACCAGUAGUCUUUGGUGACAAUUGGGAUACUAAGUUUGACCCUAUGUUUCUUGCAAGCAUUGGUAGUCAUAGACGUUACAAUGUCAGGAGUACACGCCAUCUUCUGAGACUUAUCAGGAACAAAUGGAAUCAUUAUAUAGAGUUCCCCAAAGAAGUGCAGGAUUAUCUUGGGAAUAUGCCAGAUGGGUUUGAUGAUUACCUCACCAGUCGAUUCCCAAAUCUCUUGAUUGAAGUUUAUAAAGUUAUAUACAACUACUGCAGAGAGGAAAGGUACUUCAUAAAGUACUUUAAAGGCAAGAUUAGAUAGUGGAGUCUCAAUGAAGUGAAAUACGAGCCUGUAGUUGUGGCUCAAACGAACGAGGGGAAGAGAAGUGUCCAUGCUUGCUUUCAGCUGUAUAUCAUGGCGUAAGGAGCUCGAGAAACGUGUGAAUUCUGCUACGAGAACUGGUGCUUCAACAGAAAGGUAUGCCUUGAUGUACAAGUAGAAUCCCUGCAGCAUCGUGGAAUUGUAUGUAAGGAACCAUCUGUACAGUUACGUGUAUGUGUUCAUGACCUCACAAAGUCAUUCUAACAACAGGGGAAUUGCAUUCUUCCUCUCUUUUCUAAGGUUAAA